GACUUUCGUGACAAUACAAAACCCUGGAUUCUCCUGUAACGCCGUUUUCCCUAGGGAAGCAAUGUCACAUACUAUUGCCAAAGACUGUAUGUAAAACAUCAUUUUGUUAAUUGGUCCAUUUUAAACUGCUUCGACCAAUGAAAUGUGAUUCUAUGACCGCCGUCAAAACAAAACAAUAUGGUCGCUAGUACCCUACGCACCAAACGGGAACUGAACCGGGAUGCGUUGUUAAAAUUUGAUUCUUACAAAAGUGGUAACUGAUUUGCGUCAUUGUCAUGAUCAUUGUACUGUUUCACGUGCUUUACCUCUUUGGAAAGUUUGUAUACCAGAAUUACCGAAUUAGGAAAGAAAAAGCCAUAGACAAUGAGGUGACCAACACGCAGAAACCAUUAGAGAUUUCCGAAAAGGAUUAUAGAAUGAUAGAUCCUGAAGCAGCUCAGGAUUUCAAAGAAAAAUCUUUAAGAUUCUUUCCACCGGCAUACGUACAAAGAUACGUUGCUGUUAGCGAGGUUCUUAAUAGUUUCAAGUAUCAAGGAAAGUUACGCAAGGUUGUUGAUUUUGGAUGCGCAGAACUUGAUUUUUUAGUUUAUCUAAAACACACAACUGGCGUUGAAGAAAUAUUAUGCGUCGAUAUCGAUCGAGUACUGUUAGAAAGUUAUAAAGAGAAGGGUGCCCCUUUGAUUUCUGAGUAUUUACACAGAAGGACAACACCUCUUGUGGUUGAAAUAUUCGAGGGUAGUGUUACCCAUAACGACAAGAAACUAGAAAAGACGGAUGCUGUGAUUUGCAUUGAACUGAUCGAGCAUUUGUAUCCAGAUACUCUGAUGAAUCUUCCUUAUAAUAUUUUUGGAUUCGUUAAACCAAAAUUAGCAGUGAUAACGACACCUAACGCAGAUUUCAAUGUGCUCUUCCCGAAUUUUUCUGGAUUUAGACACGCUGAUCAUAAAUUUGAAUGGACUAGACAACAGUUCCAAGAUUGGGCCGAAAAUAUAAUUUUAAGAUACCCAGAUUAUAUAGUAACUUUUGAUGGUAUUUGUAAAGGACCCGAAGGUACGGAACAUUUAGGAUGUUGUACGCAGAUGGCAAUAUUUCAUCGACUUGGCGAAAAAGACGCUUUUAAUACCGGUAUAGAGGGUUUAUUUAUAACUGUAGCUAGAUACGAAUACCCAUUUCGGGUAGACAAUCGUUCCGACGAGCAAAAGAUUCUCGAUGAGGCCGAGUAUUACAUUAGACACUUAUCCUUCCAAGAUAUCGCUAUGGAAGAGGAAGUACCAUUGAAAAAACUAUUGGAAAUGUUAAAAUCCUUUCAUAUUUCUAUAGACAUAUUGCAGUCGAUUUUAGAAGAAGCCGGUUGGACAGUUACGAACCGUGAAUUCGGUCCGGUUGUACAAGUUCCGCCGCGUUCAACAUUUUCUGACUACAGUACCGUCGGAGAAGCUUUCUGGUCCAAUGACUAUUCUACGGAUGAGGAUGAUUGGAACAGAGAUCCUGGACCACCUAUCAAUUCUUCGAGAUUUUUACAGCAAAACACUUCAGACGCUUGGGACGAGGAGAAUUGGAACGAGGAGCCAAGUAUUAUCAUCCCAGAAAAUAAUUCUAUCAUCGAAGACAAUACCUAUCUUUUUGACGAAGAAAAUGUUUUAUCAAAUAACAUAUCAGAGGCGAUAAAGGAUAGCGAAACUGCUAAUAGCGAAGGAAAUUUACAGCCCGAAACAACCGAUAUUGAUCAUGCUUUUCAGUAUAAUUUAUCAUUAGAUUUACAACAAUCUACGACGCUUUUCGUAGAUUCUUCUUCUUUAAAUAGUGAAGUAAAAAACCUAAAGGAUGAUCCGUUUCUUAAUUUACCACCACCACCGGAUGUAUCGCAAUGUACAUUAUUAUCAGAUACCGGACCGAAACUCAAUGAAACGUUAGAUUUUUUGCCAUACUUGUCUGUUUCACGUGCGUCAACUUCACCUGAACCAUACCUCUUGCAAACUGUUCGAAUCGAGCAGCAUUUCACGGACGAUAGUAGUAUGAGUAAUUAUUGGAUGUUGGAUAAUUCUCUAAAUGUUAGCGGAAACGCAAGUGAUAUCGAAGAUAAGAAGUUAUCGGCACAGAGUAAUAUUAACGAUAGUUGUCUACGUAAUAUACAUGUAAAUACCUCGUGCAUAGAAAAUGAACAUUCUAAUUUCGAACUUUUAACCAAUAGCGAAAGCAUUAGUUCAAACUAUUUUAAUUUAAAACAAAUGCAAAGUGUUCAGCAACAUCCUGACGACUCGAAAGAUAAUUCUCAAUCGCAUGAUCAAUUACAUUCAAACAGUAGCGUAUCUUUGACUAGUUCUGUUUUGACGGAAAGUCAACCACAGUUUACAAGUUCACCAAAUGUUGCUGGAAAGAUAAAUACUACAGAUAAAGAUCGACUUACCAAGGAAAAAUCUAGUAACAGUUCGUUAAAAAGAGUACAGCUAUUCUGCUUAACGAGUCACAAUGGCAAUAAUUCGUUAGAAAGUAACAAUAAAGUAUCUUUAGAAAGCGAUAGCAAGCUUAGUUGUAAUGAAAAGGAAAGUGAAAAAUUGUGUGAGAGUGAAAUUGAAAUAUCAACAGAUGGAAAAGACGAUACGUUUACAAGUAGCGAUGUAUCCACAGUUGCUGCUUUAACGUUAAAUGAUGUUCAUUUUGAACAAGUUACAGAUGAUUUCUCGUUAACAAGUACUUUAAGGAACGAUGAUAAUUUAAAGAAACACAAACUGCUGCUACCCCUAGAUCAUACUAAUAAUUUCAUUGAGAUUGAAGAAGGAGAACAGCCAAAUGGUUACAUUGCUCAAGCAACGUCAAGUACUAUAGAAUCAACAAAUUGUGAUAAAAAAGUUCCAUUAACUGAUCAACAGUUAAUCGUUAAAUCAGGAUCUUGUAUGGAUUUUGUUCAUGUGAAAAAUGAUGAAAAAAAGACUGAAAGAAAAUCUGAAUCACGCGAUAUUUCUAACUUAAGAAGCAAUACAGGUAUAGAUACUAGCAAGUCGUCGUAUAAUUAUUAUGCCAAAGAAAUUAGUAGCGUAGAAUGCGUACCUCUUGUAUCUUGUAGUGUUUACGUAGAAAACACACAGAAUGUUCAAUCCACAUCAGUAUUAUUAAAAAAUGAUGAAAAACAAGCUGAAUUUAACGAAUCCACGUGUAAAGCUCUAAAUUCAAAUGCUCUAGAAACAGUAGAAAAUAACGAAAUAUCGAAGAUCUCUCCUUCAGAAACUGUGGAAACUCCUCCAAACAGUUGGUCACCUGAAGUAAUGGAUUCUGGUUAUCCAAAUUCAACCUCGGCUCAAGACAUGACACCGGAGUACGACUUAUCAAGUAUAGCACAAGAUCAUAUAUCAGAUUCAGAGCCACCAAGUAUAGCGGAAGCACCGAGGCUUGAACUUCCUGAGGUAAUUGAAGUUGUAAACGGUGAUCUUGUAAACAACAAUAGAGAUAACGAGGGUAAUAAUAUGAUAGCUGCAGAAUUAAAUGAUCUUGAAGAUUUGCAACCAUUGAUUAAUGUACUUGAAAAUGAUAUGGAAAAUGAGAAUGAUAUUUACGUCUUGGAGAAUGGUUUCCCCUUCUGGCUGUUGAGAAUACUUAACAUGGCCAAUCCUAUUGAUGUUGAAAUACAUUUGAGAGAUCAUGGAGAAGUAAGAUUCCCAAAUGCAGCAGCAGUAGGUGACGAUGCGAGAUAUAUAAAUAUGGAACAUGACGAGGGUUUCAACAGUAGUUCUGAAGAGAAUAGCAACUUGGAAAACAAUGAGAUGAGAAAUGACAACAACAGUGACGCCAGUGAUAAUAUUGAAAAUGAUAACGAAAAUAGUGAUAGUGGAAGUGAAGAGUGGAUCGCUGCAAGUAAUUCGUGAUGCUAUUGAAACGAUACUUGAUCAUUCUACCAAUGGUGUCACAUAUAUAUCAUUCUUUGCUACGUUUGCAAAAUUUAAAGACAAAUUCGAAGGUAAUUACUUACUUUGUACAUAUUUUUUUCUCGCAUUCCUUAUAUUUCUUGAAUAACUUGUGUAAUUAGUUUUUUUUCCAUUAAUAUCAUAAAUAUAUUUUGAGAUAUAAAAUUCUUAAAAGAAAAAAGAGAUCAAUUGAUUUGUUGGGAAAAAGACGGAUUUUUAUUUUAUACAAAGAGUAAAUAAUUUUUUAGUUGACACUGUAUGAUCGCGCAAAAACAAUUUUAUAAUUUGUCUUUGCAUCUCCUUUUUUGUAACGACAAAUUAGUAUCAUUAGCAAACGUAGAGAACAGUGUUUCGGUAUCUGUAUGUGAUUCUAUGCUAUUGAUAAGAUUUACUUGUUAUCCCUUGAAGUAUUAAGACGUCGAAUUUAAAUUAAACAAAGAGGGAAAGAGAGAGAGAGAGAGAGAGAGAGAGAAGGGGGCAGUAACAAAAAAUAUAUAUAUUUUCUUACAAUUUUCAAGACUUACUCCUCUUCGUGUUGUUUUUUAAGUAGAAUUUCUGAUGGGCUAUUUCAUCUAUGUAUGGUCUACAAAAAUUUAUUAAUACGUUAAGUUUUUUGUUUACUUGCAUCUAUUUAAUAAAAUGUUUCAUUAAUUUAUAAUAACGUUUUCCAUUACGCGUUAAAAUCUAAGACUGAAAUAGCAUAUCAUUCCGUUUUCAUCAUGAUGUCAAUUUUGGACAAAUAAAAUGAAUGUAUAUCUUCUCAGUAAAUAAUUUACCUUGAGUUACUCGCUUCAAAGGAUUGGUAGGCUCUCGUAUACUGUUUUAACAUUACUAAACCCUUAUGAAAUAGACAGAUAUGAUAUCCUUCUUUAUUUCAUUAAUAGUGGAAUGACAUUACAAGGUGUACAGUGAUACAUAUGUAAUAAUUCUAAAUCUUUACAUGACUUGUUAGUAAGUUUGCCUCUGAUAAGAUAUUUGUUUCUUUAGUAUUUACAGAAAAAAAGUAUAUUAUCCUUUAUUUCGUAUAAGACGUAUAAUAAUUAUUAUUAUUCUUUAUUAUUAACUACUGUACGAGUCUCUAAGGUGAAACUUUGCCUUUCAUCGCGCGCGCACGUGUGUGUCUAUGUGUUUGUUAAUUAUAAAACCGAUUCUAAAUUAAAUAAUUUAUCAUCUUCAGAGAAGAAAUGAUAGAAAAGAGGAAAGAAAUGAUCGUCAGCAAUCUCUUCCGUAACGUGUACGAUGCAAAAUAAUGGCACGAUAUUUAUUUAUUAAUCGUUGAUAACUCUACGGUAUCGGUUUUUUUGUUUUGUCGAAUGAAUGGCACUACUACUAAUUACGAAGCUACGUUUAGCAAUCUAAAAUAUACUUUCAAAGCGUUCAUUUCAUUGUUCGUGCCUUAACAUAAUUUAUGGCUUUACGUCUAACUUCCUACAUACACACUUGUAUGUAAAUUUGAUCAAAACAAAACACAAAUGGCAAUUAAAUAUGCUUUUUGAGCCUGACGUUUUGUACGUGUCAUUUAUGAAUUUUCAAACAUAGAAAAUCAAACUAUCGGAAAAAGAUUACAACUAGUCUUAUAUUACACUACCUAUAUCAUUAAAGCUGUUAUGCUUUAUAAAAAACAUUUCAAAUGAUUAUUAAGAUCAUUACGAAAUAGUCGAACAUAAAAGUUGUACAAUGUGAUGUUUCUUUUUCUUGCCAUUAAUUUAGCGUUACUCGCGGUGACUUAAUUAGUUAUGAAAACGUGUACGUCAUUUAGCUUGAUAAAUCCUCGAUAUCUUUAAUUAAAAUAACACGUUAUUCGAAUAAAAAAAAGGAACGCGGUCAUGUGCUUUUGGAAUGUCGUUGUAAUAAAUUGGUAGAAAAAGUAAAAUGAAAUUGCGGAUACACACGAUCCACACUUGUCACGGUUCGCUGAACAUGAAAUCUUCAAUAUCUGGAGUAUGUUACGUUUGUUAGUUGCCUGAGAGUACCAUUUAUGUACAGUAGAUCUUAUAGCACUUUUAGUUUUCCACAUCUUAGACUAGUUUCAUACAAAACGUAGUGAACUUAUCGCUAAUAUCUAUUUUAACGUUUUUUGGAUUUCUUUUUUCUAUACCCAUUAUCUCUGAAUCAAUCGUUUGAAAUAGAACCACUGUGUAAAGCACGAAACUUAGCUGUCAAAUAAUAUCACUAACAAUAAGAUACGUACCGAAUUUAAGUUUAAAAAAAUAAAGAGAGGAGAAAAUGAGUAUAGUAAAAAAAAAAAAAAAAAAA